AUGGGUGAUCAUCCUUAUCGUCACGUGAGCAGCACUGCUCCUUAUCCAACUCAAGAUAUUGGUCCUAGUGAAUCAUCUUCAUCAAAUCCACCAAGCAUGACAGAAGUGACUUCUGGAUUGGAAGAUUUACAUUUACCACCUAAUCAGAAUAAAAAUUAUGGUAAUGGGAACAUUGUUAACCAAACUGUCAAUAUGCCGCCACAACCAAUAUCCAAUGUUCCACUACAAUCUAUAUCACCGCGUGAUCAGGUACAAUUCAAUCAACAGAAUAUUCAACAACAAAGACCAAUAUUUCCAAGACCACCAAAUCAACGUCUGAAUAAUCUGCUGUCUUCACAAAGACUGUUCCAGCAACAGCAACAGCAACAAAAUCAAUUUUCGCCAUCUUUAAAAUAUGCAUCUGAAGGUUAUCCAAAUUCUCCUUAUUCACCUAUGGGAUCAAACAAUCCUUAUCAACAAGAUCAAUUCAAAGCAUCACCAACAUUAAAUGCCACUCCUAUCAAAUCUCCACCUGUUGAUGCUCCAUAUCCAGUUUAUGAUGCACCUAGUCCUCCACCAGUAUUUGCUUCUAAAGAGAGUAUUAUAAUUUCUCCUCCAUCAGUGCCGUUAUCAGCCACUUCUUCAGUGACCAAUUUAAAUUUAAAUCAAGCUGAUAUUUAUCAUUCUCAAUCAGAAAAUAAUUUAACGGUUCAUACUGGUAAUAAAUUUGGUCAUAAUCGAUCAGUAUCUUCAACUUCAUCAUUUUUUUAUGAUCGUAGUGAUAAUGCUUCUAUGAUUGAUUUUAAUCAAAAUAUGAUUCAACUGUAUUUAGGAGAAAAUUCUAGUCAUUUAUUACCAAGAAUUAAAACUUUGGAAUUAUAUCGAAAAAAUGCCAAAAAAUCAACUGAUCCUAAUGUUUUAUUUCAAUAUGCUCAAUAUAUGUUACAAACAGCAUUAUUAUUAGAAUCAGAAUUACAAAAUAUGAUCAAUAAUGGUAAUAAUAACGGAAAUGCAGGUAAUUUAGCAGGGAUUAAUAAUGCCACAUCUUCAUCACAAUCUUCUGGAUCACAAAAUGGAACUAAUUCACCAUUCACUAGAUCAAUUGAAAAUUCCCCAAGAAAAGGACCAUUGGAUAAUACUAUCAAUAAUAAUGGAAAUAAAGAUAAACAUAGCAAGAAUAAAUCUAUAGAUUUUAAUAACAUUGAAUUGGAAGGUAAUGAAAGAAAAUUGAAAAAAGCAUUAUUAAAAGAAGCAGUUAAAUAUUUGAAAAGACUUUCUGAUAAAGGAUAUGUUGAAGCACAAUAUUUAUUAGGUGAUGCUUAUAGUUCUGGAGCUUUAGAUAAAAUUGAUAAUAAAGAAGCAUUUAUAUUAUUUCAAUCGGCUGCUAAACAUGGACAUGUUGAAAGUGCUUUUAGAACAUCAUUUUGUUAUGAAGAAGGAUUAGGAACAGGUAGAGAUUCUCGGAAAGCUAUUGAAUUUUUAAAAAUUGCUGCAUCAAGAAAUCAUCCUGCUGCUAUGUAUAAAUUAGGAGUUUAUUCAUUUUAUGGUAGAAUGGGAUUACCAACAAAUGAUAUGAAUACGAAAAAAAUGGGGAUUAAAUGGUUAACUAGAGCUGCUAAUGUUGCCACUGAAUUAACUGCUGCUGCUCCUUAUGAAUUAGGGAAAUUAUAUUAUAAUGGAUUUGAAGAUAUUGUAUUAAUUGAUAAAAAAUAUGGUUUAGAAUUAUUUGCUCAAGCAGCAGCAUUAGGUCAUUUACAAUCUGCAGCAAUAUUAGGUCAUCAUUAUGAAAUUGGAGAAAUUGUCCCACAAGAUUCAAAUUUAUCAAUUCAUUAUUAUACUCAAGCAGCAUUAGGAGGUGAUCCAAAUUCAAUGUUAGCUAUGUGUGCUUGGUAUUUAGUUGGUAAUGAACCUUAUUUACCAAAAGAUGAUAAUGAAGCAUUUGAAUGGGCUAAAAGAGCAGCUAAUUGUAAUUUAUCAAAAGCUCAAUUUGCUUUAGCUAAUUUUUAUGAAAAAGGUAUUGGUUGUAUUAAAAAUAUUAAUGAAGCACAAGUUUGGUAUAAAAAAGCUGCAGAAAAUGGUGAUGAAAAAUCUUUGAAAAGAUUAAAUGAUAAAGAAUUAAUUAAAACCAUUCAAAAACAAUGGAAAAAAAAACCUCCUCAAAUGAUUUAUAAUAAUGAAGAUGGAAUUUCUACAAAUAAUAAUAAUAAUUCUUCGGGAUCUUCUAUUGCUCAAGAAAAAGAUUGUAUCAUUAUGUGA